UGGAUUUUGAUGAAUUUGCAACCACAAUUAUUCGAACGUCGGUGGAAGCUGUGUAAAUUUGCGGAGUACAAAGUGCUAUUUAUCCCCACUAUUAUUUCAACGCAAUAAGCAAAUUUCUUACUAAAGAAAGUGUGUAUUUAGUUGAGUAAAGUGAAAAACGCCAUAAUUUUAGUGGUAUGUGACAAGUGAGAAAUAAAUUGAAAGCAGGUCUAAUUAUAAAUAGUAAAAAGUGUGUUGCAAGAGACGAAAAAUUUGCAAAGCACAGUGUAACACAAAAAAAAAAUUGCCGAUAUAGUGAAAGCUAACUAGCACAUAUUUCGGUUGUUGGAUACUAGAAUUUGUCCAUUCGCUUCCAUUAUCAGCAAAGAAUUACAGUUCGAGGAAGUCAACUAUUUCGGCUUUUCCACAGCCUUGCUAUCGGAAUAAAAAACAAAACGUUCAUAUAAGUCCGUCGUGAAAGAGAAACCUCUCCCUUCUCACCUCUGCUUGCUGCCCGAACUCGUCAACUCACCAAUUUUCCAAAUUUCUCUAAUAAAUUUAAUCGCCCACCAGCCCGCGCUCACCCAGCCACACACACGCAACGAAAAUGUCUGCGUCGCGAGCCAACACACCACCUUCCGAGUCGAAUGAACCAACAUCACACAACAACAACAACAAUAGCAGCAACAAUGGCGACACAAAUCAUAACAACAACAACGCCAAACUGAAAUCCACGCAAAACAGUGGCGCCGGCAGUGUCGAUAAACUUUCACCCGAUCAAGAUAUAUUCAUAAAUCCAGCCGAUGGCUUACCCAGCCAACAUCCCACAUUGCCCGAUGGCGAAGUGGAUAGUGAUAACGAACAAGAGCCAGUAGAUCCGGAUUCAUUUGACGAUUUGCCCACAUCCAUUAUUGUGACGAACAUACACUCCGAGGUUUUUACCAAUCCAGCACUGAAACAAGAAAUGGAGGAGCUUUUCCGUACCUUCUGCGAUUCGGCGACCUUCCAAUGGUUACGCAGCUUCCGACGUUUGCGCGUCAACUAUGACAAUGCCAUAGCGGCAGCCAAUGCGCGUAUAAAAUUGCAUCAAUAUGAAUUUAAUAAGAAAACAGUGAUAACCUGUUAUUUUGCACAGCCCGUAACGCCAGUAUCGAAUAAAAAUCUACAACCACCAGCGCCGGUUAAGCAAUUCCUAAUAUCGCCACCCGCUUCACCGCCAGCUGGUUGGGAGCCGCGCGAAGAGAAUGAACCGUUGGUAAAUCAUGAUCUUCUAGCAGCAUUGGCUAGUCUGACGCCUGGCGAGUCGCAUGAACUGCAUCCACAGAGCGAAGAUCAGCCGGGUAUUAUUGUGCAUACGGCAAUGUUGCCGGAAGGUGCUGCUGCUGCAACCACACCAACACUGGCGGCCGGCCCAAAGCCAGCCAUUGUACAGACCAAAUGUCCGGAGCGUGCGUAAGAAGGGGCACUAACUAAAAUGCCAGCAUACGAGUAUUGCAGAGGAGGAUGUGCUGGGCAGACGAAUUAGUUUUAAGUAUAAAGGCAAGUGCCGAGCACUAUCCGUACACACAUAAAUAGAUGUAUUGAUUGAAUAUAAAACAUAAAAGUAACUAAGUGCGUAGUUAAUGCAAACAGAAAUUUAGUACUGGAAAUCAAAUGACUAUUAUUGUAAUUUUUUUAAAUGAAGUUUGUAGCUGAAAUCUUUUUCGAAUUUGAAGUUGAACUUAAUACUGAAAUAUAGGAACUCUACUCUGAGUAUAUUAAAGUGUAAACUAAAAUGUAUUCUAUAUACGUAAAUAUGUACACUGUGUGUGAACGCAAUUGAAUUUUAAGAGAAACUACCAUCUACUUGUAAAAUUCAAUUUUUGAAAAUAUGAAUAUAUUAUAUUUAUUUUUUGAAGUGCUAGUGAAAGUUAUAAGCACAUUUUCCUCAAGCUUUUAAGCAAUUCGUUAAAUUUUGUUAAAUAAUAUUUGAAAAACAAAAAUGUAAAUGUUUUCUAGCUCUAAGCAAUUGUAAUAUUGGAAAGUAGCAAAAUGCAAUUUUGAAUGCUCUUGAUUGAGCUAAACGAUUUGAUUAAACAAAUACACUGAAGAAUUAAAGUAUAAGAAAAAGUUAAGAAUAUAAAUAUGGUAUGUACAUGAUUUUUUUUUAAGUAAUUAAUAUUUUUGAGUUGUAUUACUUUUUGUAUCAAUAUUUCGAAAUUCAAAAAAUGCUUCUAGUUUGAAAUGUUAUGUUUAUGUUACAAAACAAAAGGUAGUUUCAUUAUUAAUAUUUUUUUACUAUAAACAAGGCACUUUGCACAGAUAGCAGCAGUAGAGCAAAAACUUCAAGAGCAAUGUAUUUUAGUUUUGCUUUCGGUCACUAAAAUGUAAAAAUUUACAGGACGCGCCAUCUUUUAUGUCGGUAUGAAAACAUUGAAUAACUUUGCUGAAAAAAAAAGAACUGAUUUGUAUAAGUGAGGUAUUUUUAUUUGGUUUGGUUAUAUAAGGUUGCCAAAAAAGUCUUGCGGUAUUUUUAUUGAAUUUUCAAUUGUUCAUAAAAUUGGUUAUAAUAAUGCGAUUUAAGUCAAAUAUGCGCCGUUUUGUUCGAUGACGAGUUCCCAACGAGAUGCCAACUUCAUAAUGCCCCUCUUAUAGAAGCUCGCUUCCCUAUUGUCAAAAAACUCGGAGAGCCAAUUUUCACAGGACUCUCUUGUGGACAACUUCCGACUACCAAGCUCGUUCGCCAUGCACAGAAAUAGGUGGUAAUCACUUGGUGCGAGAUCCGGACUAUACGGUGGAUGCAAAAGAACCUCCCAUCCGAGCUCCCGGAGCUUCUGGCGCGUCACCAAAGAUGUGUGUGGCCUGGCGUUGUCCUGAUGGAAGACGAUUCGGCCUCUGUUGAUCAAAGAUGGCCUCUUCUGCAUGAGUGCUGCAUUCAAGCGAUCCAGUUGUUGGCAGUACAGGUCCAAAUUGAGCGUUUGGCCAUAGGGGAGCAGCUCAUAGUGGAUGAUUCCCUGCCAAUCCCACCAAACACACAGAAGAACCUUCCUGGCCGUCAAUCCAGGCUUGGCCACCGUCUGGGCAGCUUCACCGCUUUUCGACCACGACCGUUUGCGCUUCACGUUGUCAUAAGUGACCCACUUUUCAUCGCCAGUCACCAUCCGCUUCAAAAACAGGUCGAUUUUGUUGCGAUUCAGAAGCGAUUCGCAUGCAUCCAUACGGGCAAAAAUGUUUUUUUGCGUCAAGUCGUGUGGCACCCAUACAUCGAGCUUCUUUUUGAAUCCAAGCUUCUUCAAAUGGUUUAUAACGGUUUGAUGACUAAUGCCCAGCUCUUGGCCGAUGCUACGGCUGCUACUAUGCCGGUCUCUUUCGGUCAAUUCAGCGAUUUUAUCGCAAUUUUCGACGACAGGCAAGACUUUUUUGACAACCUUAUGUAUAUAUAAUUGGCGCGUACACCCUUUUUGGGUGUUUGGCCGAGCACCUCCUCCUAUUUGUGGUGUGCGUCUUGAUGUUGUUCCACUAAUGGAGGGACCUACAGUUUUAAGCCGAUUCCGAACCGCAGAUAUUUUUAUGAGGAGCUUCAUGGCAGAAAUACACUCGGAGGUUUGCCAUUGCCUGCCGACGGGCGACCGCUAUUAGAAAAAUGUUCUUCUUAAUUUUGGUGUUUCACCGAGAUUCGAACCGACGUUCUGUCUGUGAAUUGCGAAUGGUAGUCACGCACCAACCUAUUCGGCUACGGCGGCCGCCUGCCGGUUUGGUUACUUACAAUUUAUGAAAACUAUUUUUUUAAUACAAUAUCAAUCAAGUGGCCACCUCUAUUAGCAAUCACAAACUGCGAUAUUUUUUCUGCGUUUGUCAUCACCUUGUCAAGCAUUUCGGGUUUUAUGGCGUCGAUUUUGGUUGUUUCGGUGUAAAGCGAUCCAUGGUUGAAAUUGUACUGAAUUGACCUAUCGAAAAUAUGUAUGUUGAAGUCGAUCGGUUGGUAAAUUACAAAGUUAUUCAGCGUUUGCAUACCGACAUAAAAGACAGUUUAAAGUAAAUUGAACGAAAUUUCACAAUUUAAAGACCAAAAAUAUAUAAAAAAAAUUAAAUCAAAAUCAGAGUUGCUCACUGUACUACUUGUUUAAUGUACCUUAAUUACGAAGCAGAUUUUUGACAUUUCUUGCAGAUGUAAACAUAAAGUAUAGCGUUGCCACAUUGGAGUUUUUCGAAAAAGCGAGAUUAUUUUUGAUUUAUUUGGCAGAUUUUCGACAUACCUCACAGAAGUAAAUAUGCAGCACAGCGUUGCCACAUUAGAAACAUUUGAAAAGGGAGAUUAUUUAUGAAUUUUUGGCAGAUUUUUGACAUUUCUCACAGAAGUAAAUAUGAAGCACAGCGUUGCCACAUUGGAAACAUUUGAAAAGGGAGAUUUUUUAUAAAAUAUUUGGCAGGUCUUUGAUAUUUCUCACAGAAGUAAAUAUGAAGCAUAGUGUUGCCACAUUGGACACAUUUGCCACAUUGGAAACAUUUUUAUAAAAUAUUUGGCAGGUUUUUGACUUUUCUCACAGAAGUUAAUAUGAAGCUCAGCGUUGCCACAUUGGAAACAUUUGAAAAGGGAAAUUUUUUAUAAAAUAAUUGGCAGGUUUUUGACAUUUCUCACAGAAGUAAAUAUGAAGCAUAGCGUUGCCACGUUGGUGUUACUUGAAAAGGGAGAUUAUUUAUGGAAUAUUGGAAUAUUGGAAUGGUUUUAAUUGAAGAAUAAAAUUUGUAUACUCAAAAGGCAAAUCAAUGUGCUCAGUAAGCAAGUUUUAGAGUUUUUCUCAAGCUCUUAGAAGGUCCUUCGAAGAAUAUUGAUGUGUAGAGAUGAGGGAAUAAAAUAAAGUGCAUACUUUAUUUAUUAAAAAGUUGUAGAUGUUAAUAAAUAAUGAUUGUUUUACUAAGCCAUUUUUUUAUGAUUCAUUUAUUUUUUUAUGAAGAAACCGUAUUUCAAAAAAGGGGCCCGACCCAAGACACAAUGAACAGGUAGUAACAGUAGAACAAAAACAAUGCACUGGGGGCUUGUUUUUGAGCACUAGAAUGUCAAAAUCUAUAAACAAAAAUUGACAGUUUAGAGUAAUUCUAACAAAAUGUCACAAUUUAACGACCAAAUAAAUAAAAAAAAAUCAAAUCAACUGAAAACUAUUUUAGAAUUUUUGUAUCCAAUUUUUUUCUAGCAAAUUUAGCAGUAUUGAGUAAAUAGUCAUCAUAUUAAUACAAAUUAAAUUGGUUUCCUCAAAAAACACAAAGUGAAAGGGAAGCAUAUUUUUAAUUUAUCUUUUCAAAUGUCUAUAAUUUUUUUGUUGCACGUUGGUUGGUUACAAAUGUGAAAAAAUGUUCCCACCUCUUCUAAUUUUUUUUUUUACCAAAACAAAAAAAAAAAAUUAUGCUUGAAGAUUUGAUUUGGUAGCAGGAAAUGUCAGAAACUGCUAAAUUAUCAGGCAGUCAAUAUGGCGCCAGAGAAAGUGACACUGAAACAACCUUUCUUAUAUAAAAUUAAGCGCAAAAUUAAUCAUCCCAUUUUAUUUUUGAAUAACUUUUUAUAUUGAAUAAAAGAAAAAAUAUUGUGAAUGUUGGAAAUUUUUAUUUGGAUCUUUACGCGCUUCAUUGCUUGCCUGUUUGUAUGAAGUGCCAAAUAUGAUUGACAUGCGACGUUAUUUCCAAAACUUAUAAAUCUUCCGAUAGUACCUUGAUUUUAAUUUUUUUUUUUAUGUUUUCUUUUAAAUUUUUUUUUCGAAUAAAAAUUUUUCAGUUACAUUUCAUUGGUUUAUGUGGCUUAUCAAAAAUUUAAUAGAAUAAUAGGUAUUCUUAUGAAAUUUACAAAUAUUACUACUUUCAAUUUCAUGCAAGAUGUUAAUUUACAAACUAUUUUUAUAUACUACUUUAACACUCAAAAUCAAUCAAUCGACAGUUUUUCAAAAAUCGUACUGCACUCAAAUGCUGAUGUUACACUUACCAGUGAGAUGCAAAAAAAAACAACAACAAAAACGUAUCACCAGCAGUUGUAUGAAAAAUUAUGCAAAAAAAGUUUAUGUCAAACAAAAAAAGUAUGAGUGAACUGUAAAUAUGCCUGUGUUUGUGUAUUUACGUAAGGUAAAUGAAACUUAUUUUAAAUAUAUAAAAAAUGUAAAAAAAUAAAAAUCUAUAUAUAAAAACUAAUCGUUGUAAAUACUUGAAAUAUAUAUUGAAAUAAUGAAAUUGUGAUUAAAAUUUUUAGGUAUAUUUAUAACAUUUAAUAUGUUAAGCACUAAAAUUGUUUCAUAAUAUGAAGUAAAAGCGAAAAAUGUUUGCAUUCUGAGUUCUAAGUUCAAAGAAUUUUUGCAAAAUGUUUUAUUUUUAUGUUAAUCACUUAUUUUUUAAAAAUCCUUUAAAUUAUGUAGGAUAUUCAGUGCUUUUCUAGAGACUUCCAAUAGUUCAUACUAAGUAAGCACAAUGGAGAGAUUUUAUUUGGCUACCAUUAUGUUUAGUGUCGGCAACAUUUGUUGCACCAAAGCAUAGACAUUUUUUGAAAUGAAGUAAUGAUUUUCGCACAGAUUUGUCUUUUUCAUACAAAUAUUAUCCCGAUAACCGGACACUACAGUAACAUUACGCAAAACCGUUUCGAAUAAUAAAAAUACCUCAUCAAUGGACAAAAUUGAAAAAAAUUCUAAGCAAUUACGAAAAAUAACGAAAUACUCUCUUUUUUUUUGGAUAAUGCAGCACCUCAUCGUAGCGUUUUUUCCUCUUCAUUUUCAAAUACUUACUGCCAACCACUUGAUCAACAUAUAAUCCAAUAUUUUAAAAUUUUGUAUAGCUUACCUGUGCUGCUUAAAUCUGCUACCUAAAAUUGACAAUGCAAGCUCAGCCUCAGUGUUAUCAAAACUUAUUGAUGCACUUGAAGCUGUGUAUUUCAUCAAAUUAUCUUGGAGUAAAGUAGAAGCCACAACAAUUCAAAAUGCUGCCGUGAAACAGUAUUUGCUUGAUGGCAGUCCUCCCGAUUUUGAUACUGAAGAUGACAUUUCACUGGCCAUCGUUGCUAAAUUUCAGUAAGAACUCGAUUUGGCGAAUAGUUUUGACGGUUUUUUACGAAUUGAUGAAAAUGUCUGCAGUGAAGGCAACAAUAUAGAAAUUCAAUUUGUAGAACAAGGGAUUUUUAUUACGGAUAUGAGUGAUUAGAAGAAGAAACUAAUGAGUCCCUAACAUCGUACGGUGAUGCGGUAAAACUUGUUGAAUCGUUCACUGUCUUCAACGAGUCUCAUCAAACCUUUUAUAUUAGAGUUCACCGCCGGACUGGCGCAUAUCGAGGCUGUGCUUAGUUAGCAGCAUCUUUUGGAAAAACACUAGCCAGAGUUUUAUCCAGAUCGGUCUAUUUCUCUGUGAUUGGCAUUCGUUUGAAUCGCGAAAGUCAAGUGAUUUUUCAUGAUUACAAUGCACCAGCUCAAACCUCAGCAGUUGUGGUCGGAAAAUUAAUGGAAAUAGAGUUCCAACUCGUUGUUUGUUCCAACUCCUCAUUGUUCCAGCAAAUGUGAACCUCGUGAUUUUGUGAAAGACAUGUCUCCCAAUUCAGACGGUAUGCUUUGCAUUAUUGUUCUCAGUUCGCAUUUCGGUCAUGUUUUAUCGGAAUUACUAAAACCACAACCUCUUUUGAUCUGAAGAAGCAUGGAGGACAGGGAAGUUCUUACUAUUACUGCGACUAAAUACGAUGAAAAAUGUUUAUAUACAUAAUAAUAGUGCCAUGGAAUUUUGUGGAGCUGAUUGGUUAAAGCCUGGGAAACUAUCAAAUGGGUGUCAUACCCCUUCAGUUUAGCAAUUGUUCUUAUCGUUUCUUUUGAUUCCAAUUCUAUGAAGACGCCAAAAAAUGUGCUGAUUCGUGGAUAAUUUCGAAAGAUGAAUUAUGUUAUUAAUAGGUGCAAAAAGUGAUUUAUUUUCUGCAGAUUGUAAGAGAACUGAGAUAUUAAUUUGUGUUCCUCACAUACCCAUGAAGAUUUGCAAUUUUCGUAGAGCCAAUUUGUCAGUUUUUCUAAAUCCCACCUUUUGAGAGAAUUUUGCACUUACUCUCUUAUUCCGGAAAAUUCGUACAAAUUAAAGGUGCAGACCAAUAGUAUUCAUAAUAACUAGCGUCCUGAUACAGGUGAGCCCUGACAACGUGGGAAAGCAAUCACCUGCAAUUUCUAACAGUUCCUCCAACGAAACUCGGCUGGGAAAUUAUACCACACAAACAUCUAAAAAAAAAAUAAAAACAAAAAAAAAACAACUAAUUAUUCAUAAAAGUUCUUGAAUUUUUGGAGUACCAAUGCAAUCUAAUCUCAUCAGAAAAGAAGUAAAUGUAGGAUUUUACAUGCUUUCCAAAAAUUGAGAAAAUAUGAAGGAUGAUAGAGUACCGGGUUUGGCAAACCGAAGCAAAAUUGUGAGAGCAACUUCGGCUGCUACGUCACACAGAAGUCGGCAACAGAAUUCUGCCCGCUCAUUUCACACGUAAUCGCACGCUCGCCCAAUCGAAAGUCGUUGUUCAGAAGGCAAAGAAGUAAAAUGAGUAUAAAUGAGAAUAUCACCAACCGCUUGCAUGACUCCACUUACGUCAGCCAAUCAACUGAUUUCAUUAAAAUCGCUGAGAGCCAACGAAUGGUCUGAUGUUGGUCCCACCCAAGGUGGAUUUAUUAAGGUGACAGCAUUCACCCAGCUGAAUUUUUCAACGUAGGUAUGGCUUACGUCAAAAUGAUAUGCUUUGUUUGUAUGUAUUGGUGUGUUUACAUUCGUAUGCUUACAUUUGCUUGCUGAUUUUGACGUGAUUGUUGGACCAAACGCAACAACAAAUACAUGUAGGGUUUUACUUAUAUGUGUUUGCUGUCACCUGUAAUAAGUUCGCCUUGGUCCCACCCUUGCAUUCUGUACAUCGUGAGAAAAUAUAAUAUUAUCUAUCGUCAGCGUAUGAAGAGCGAGCUGCACACUUUUGAGAUGAAAUAAAUGAGCGAAGUACUUAAGAACUUUUUCGAGUGUUACCUCUAUAGAGCGGUAAUCACCUUAACCUAACCUAAAGUAUUAAACUUAACACAAAUUUAAAUAAAAUUUUCGGAGUAGUCACGACUUGGUGCAAUUUUAGAUGAGGUGUGAGGGAGAGCUGGUGAAAGGUAUCAAAUAGCGGAAUAGUGAAAAUAUGUGGAAGGUAUCUAAAAAUUAAAAGUUAGGUUAGGUUUAUUUAGGAAUGGAAAGUAAUAGAAAGAAAAGUUGUAACCAAAACAAACAAUUUUAUCGAAACUUUAAAACCAAAUCAGCACCUGAUUCUGUCGAAUUCACUAAGAACUAUGUAACGGUAUGCACAAGAUUCGUUAUAUUCGCCGUGUAUGUGAAUGGCAUAUGGUUCCAAUAAAAUCGAUAUGGGACAAUACACUUCAGUUAAAGCGAAAGCUAGCCAUUUUUAUGACAAAACAGGGUCGUGGAUUUCGUUUAUCCGACUCAGGUCCACUUUUCUAAUUUAAUAGGAUAAAAUUUAUUUGUUCUUUAAAAAACUCUUCGUUUCAUAGACUCUCUGUUGUAAUCGAAAAAUAUUAGUCACCUUAACCCGCUCACAUUUGCCCUACACCUACAGAGCUAAUUGAUCAUGACACUAAGCUGGAUAGUUUAAGAAUACACGCUGGUUAAGUUUUAGUAAUGAGAUUUGCCAGCAUUGAAUAAUACCAGUUUUAGGAGGUACAACGGACCGCCCAAACAUAGCGAGCAGACAAGUGUCGAAUCGAAGACGGCUAAUAUGACUGACUAAUGACAAAAUGAAAUCCAAAUCCAGUCCAGAAGAAUGUAUAUUUAACAAACUUGGCAUCAGACAAAAGCUUAACUGUCGCUUCUAAAAAACUACAUCGAUACACUCACGCAGUUAAUAGCUAGAAAGUGAAAGAAAAACUAAAAAACGUCUAAAGAGAACUCGAUCAAGUGACCUAAUGAAAAUUACAAAAGAAUAAAUAUUUAAACAUAGUUAAACUGUAAUUAUGUUGUUGUUAAAUUAAAAUUAUAUUAGCUCAUUAUUGCAUCGUAUAUUAUUUAAAUUAUUUUCGUUUCUUUUAAUUAUAUCCUUGCCAAAUUUUAAAAUAGCAUACGUCAUGUCAACAGAUAUUCAAGGUGAAGUCCAAAAUAAACAAGACUGGCGUCCUAAAAAUGUUUUUGAUGAGUAAGUACUUUGGAAGUUGCAUCCCUAGCUGACUUCCAGGGAAAGCUUGGUGACAUUUGGUUCAGUGGAAGCGAAGUUAUUGCGUCUAAAGUGUCAGUAUGUUUGUGUCAUCGGUACAAAAAUGAGUUUCGAACAAAGAGCUAAAAUCAUGGUUUGGUUUAAAAUCGGUAAAAAGUUUACCGAAACAUUUGAAUUGAUGAAAAAAGUUUAUGGCAUUGAUUGUCUAUCCCGAGCCAGAGUUCAUGAAUGGUUUACACGUUUCAGAGACAUAUCUAAAUGACAAUGAACAUACGGGCCGCCAAAAAUCAGUAAUCAUCGAAAACCCCAUCGAAAUUGUUCGUAAAUUUAUCCAAAAUGAAGCGAAAUCAUCGUUGAAAUGCAUGGAAUUGGAGUUGAACAUCUCCAACAUAUCGAUUUAUCGCAUUUUAACUGAUCAUUUGGGCUUACGAAAGGUCUGUGGACGUUUCAUUCCGCACUAGUUAACUGAGGAGCAAAAAUUCCUCAGAAUUCAACAUUCGAAAGACCUCAUUAAAGAGGCGGAAAAAGUCGAGAACUUCGUUUACAACAUUGUAACUGGUGAUGAAAUGUGGGGUUUCCAACAUGAACCUGAAACUAAGCGUCAAAGUGCCGAAUGGAAGGCCCCAGACGAGCUACCACUCAAAAAGUCGCGUUUGGAGAAGUAAAAAAUCACGUCGAUACUCAUUUGUUUUUACGAUUCAUUCCUUGUUCACAAGGAGCUCAUGCCAACGGGUCAAACCGUUAAUGCAAUCUUCUAUCUUGGCGUUUUGAAGCGGUAGUUGCAUCACAUUCGCCCUGAAUAUCGUGAAGGAGGAAGCUGGCGCUUAUUGCAUGAUAAUGCACCAUCUUAUCGAUCCACUUUUGUGACUGAUUUUUUUACCAGAAAUCGCAUUUUAAUCAUCAAUCUCUCACCGUAUUCGCCUGAUAUGGCUCCCUGUGACUUCUACCUAUUCGGAAUAUUGCAUUUGGCUAUGAACGGAAAACGUUUUGAGUCCGUAGAGGCCAUCCAAUAGGCUUGUACCGACAUCCUGAACGACAUUCCGGUGAAUGACCUGAAAAACUUUUAGAUCACGCAAAACAGUAGGGAAUACCCCCACGAGGCCAGAGGGGAAUAUUUUGAAUAAAUAAACUCGAAGUUAUCAGAACAAUGCUCCUGUCGUUUCUAUUUUAGCUCAGUCCUGUUUAUUUUGUACUUCACCUUGUAUGUAUGUAUAAAAUAAAUAGGGAAAAUAAAAAAGAUUAUUUAAAGUUUCACGGUAAUAUCGGCAAAUGUUCGUGCUAUCAUACAUGGCAAGCAUAUUGGUUUUUUGCACAGAGUACGCAUUAAGAUGACUAAAUGUAUUUCUAAUUUCUGCCAACUUGACAUUAGUCUUCUUCCGAAGGAUGUUCAGUGUAUCAUCACUUAUAAGCAAUUCGAAUAUGUCUAAUGCCGAAGUGGACUCGGAACUAAAUUUUUGUUCGGCAAUCGGGAUUCGAAAAAUAUUCUGAGCUGCGGUUUUCACGUUUCGACUUGGGCCAUCCUUAGCUCAUUUAAAGUAAUUUGUCUUUUAUUUCCACGUUUUUGGUUUUCUUCAUUAUGAAACGCCAUAUGAAAAACAAUUUCCUCAUCAUUAUUGACAGAAAUCGACUAUUUUGAAACUUUUUCGUCAUGACUUUUUUCUAUAUUUAUUUGUACCUAUAGUAAGUCUGGUGUAGCACUACAUUCGCCUUCAUAUGCUCCAUUUAACCACGUUUCUAUGGUUUCGCUCAAUUUUUCGUUGCUUACUGGUAUAGAGGUCGAUGCCUUAUAAUCGCGCAUAUCUGAUUGAUCUAGUGAAUCAUGUAAAAAUUGGUAUAACGCAUUAACUACCUAUUGCUGCGGUAAACACUUGCGUACACAAUGCCUGAUCACUUCAGACUGUCUAACUGAAAGCUAAUGGGAGUUUGAGUUGAUUUUAAUGGAAAAAGAAAGCAGUAUUUACGUUUGAUUUUGUUUGCGUGGUCUAACGGACCAACAUCACGACUUAAGUGUUAAAAAUAUUCGUUUUAGCGAAAAUGUCUCUUCUGAAAUUAAUUAGAAUUUUAAAAUUUUUAAUAAAAUAUUUAAUUAUCUAGAAAAAACAAAUUCUAAUCUUCAUUUUUAAACAAUUUUUUUUAUAGUAGAAAGAGAUUUAUCCGUGAACCAGGCAUAUACCUAUGAAAUGAGACUUUCAGCUAUUAGUCCAUAGAUGUCCCUAGGGGUAUUUUUAAACCUUCCCAAAUGUUUUUUUUUUCGUCUGUCAUCUGUCAACAAUAUUCAGUUCAUUGUUUGUUACGUUUCAUUUGUCGCCGUUGCGCGUCCACCUUAUCAACAAACAUCUUGCAUUGUUGGCCGAUACUCAACUCCAGUAACUGCAUGAUAGUCAAAAUCGCAGAAUAACCUUCGUUGAAAAUUCCUACAGCCAGGUAGGCGGCAAUUUCAACGAUUUUUUCCCCAGAAUGCAGAUGUUUUGGACAAAUGCGCCAGACGGUCGAGUUGAAGGCCUCGUUGGAAUUUUGCGUGUGGCCGCCUAAGCAUCGCGUUAGCAGUUGAUCAUUUGAAAGAUCUUCAUAAAUUGGGCGAAUGUGUUCCUCAAUUUCUUCGUUGAUCAAUCGAGCAGGAUGUUUAAAGGAUUUCAGUUCAUCGUUAGCUUCAGCUUUGCGCCAUUCACACCAGCUGUCGACGCCUGCUGGACAAUUCUCGUGCCGAGGGACUUGAUCCGUUGAACAAUAGUGGUCCAGCGUUGCUAUUAUAGCAUUUUUCAUGUUUUGAACAGAAUCAAUAUUUCUCCUGAUAGCCAAGCCAUAGAAUAUAGUAAGUUUUUUAAUGACAGCAUCCGUCAGACGAAUCUUGCCACCGAGCUUCUCUUGCUUCUUCUUGUUUCGGAGUCGGAUACCCAUACGUUUUUGGACGUGUCCCACGCACUCAUUUUUCACAACAGGAAAUUCGUCACCGUAUGGAUUAAUCUUUAAAAUACCUGCAAAUGUUUUUGAAUCGCCAUCACCGAUGUAAUUCAAAAAUUUUACACCAAACUUGGCAACGGAACUCAAAAACAUUUCCACAAUGGAAUCCACCUCCGUUUUCCCUGCGGAGCCUUCGUGAUUCGAGGAGCAAGAAUCUUUAUGUUCUUCGUACCACUCCUCAAAUGCGUCGUCGUCAAGUAUUUUUUUCUUUUGGUCACAUGCCUGACAGUAUGCACUUUUGACAAUAAGAUCAACGACCUUGUCUGUGUAGUACCCAAUGAGUGUCGUUACACCGAACAGCGAAGUGUAACCACGUUUUUUCCAUGAUCCAUCGCCGGAAACUUUCAAAUGCGUUUCAAUUCUUCCAUUUUCCAAGUUUUUUACUUUCUCUUCUUCCACAGCUUUUUUAGUGGUGGUUUCGAACAUUGAUUCCGACGCCGAUAGAACAUGCCGCACUACAUUUUCGUAUGAUGACUUCGUUAAACCUUGACCCAUAUCCAUAAGUCCACAAAACAGAUUGAUCCCUUCUCGUGCAACACCAAGAAGUCUCAUGACAAACACAAGCCGUCUAUUGAUUUCAAAACCGGUGUUUAUUAUAUAGACGAUACUACAAUUUUAAAUCCGAACCCUCGAUACCCGCUCUCCAAAAAUGUUAUUUUUUGUUUGCAAGAUCUGCAGAUUACGAUAUCUGCAAUCGCAGUAAACACUGUUAAAAAUUCAACUAUCCUAUAACAAUGGAGCGGAUUCACAACGAUAUCCUCCGUACUCGCCAUUGAUAGUUUUUUCCCACUAGUGCUUGUAUCAUAAGACUCUUCAUCAUCUUUAGUAGUAAAACGAUUGCCGUGAAAUUUACGAUUAUUAGGCCUCGAAGAGCGUUUGCUGCUGCCUGCUUCAGUUUUCGGAUAACUUGUCAUGAUUAUUUCAAUGUACACUCGUCGAGAGUCAGAGAAAAACUAAACUAAAACGACCGUUACUGCAAGAAGCAGAGGAGAAACAAACACUUACAGAGACGUACACAGAAACAAUACACUACAACAAUAAGCGCACGGUUGCUCGACGCCGCACUACGCUCGGCUCUGUAGCUCUGCAAAUACUUGGAAUUUGACUCUGAAAAUUUGUGUCUCAUGUUCUUGAAUAUCUAAGCUAUUGACUUCAGGAAAAAAAAAAAAUCGAUUUUUUUGACCUUUUAAUUGGCCCGCCAGCCUUAAAAGUGUCGAAUUUCGUGCCUUCAAAGUACGAUUUGCGAACAUCGUUGAUUUUCUGUUAUCAAUGGAAGAAAAACGCUUCUCAAGCUCAUCAAAUCCUUAUAGAAGCUUAUGGUGGACAGACCACAGUGCUUCAGGUGGUGGAACGAGGACCGUGGACGGCCACCGAAAAAAAAUUGAGGACGCCGAAUUGCAAGCAUUGUUGGAUGAAGAUGAUGGUCAAACGCAAGAAAUGAUGGCAGAGCAGUUGGCAGUGACCCAAAAAACCAUUUCCAAACGUUUGAAAGACAUAGGCAUGAUUGUAAAGGUCGGAAUAUGGGUGCCGCAUGAACUGACAAUAUGACAAUGCACCGCCACAUCGAACAAGAGCGACCCGGGAAUUGAUGGAGAUUUACGAUUCGGAACAACUGGUGCAUGCGGCUUACUCACCAGACUUCGCGCCUUACGAUUAUCAUUUGUUUGCAUCGAUGGGCCACGCACUUUCCGAUCAGCGCUUCAAUUCUCACGAAGAAGCCAAAAAAUGGCUCGAUCAUAGGUUUGCGGCCAAAGACCGCCAAUUUUUUGGCGCGGCAUCCACAAAUUGCCUGAGAGAUGGGAAAAAUGUGUCUGGCUGUUAUUUUGAAGAUUAAAUUUGUAACCAUUAUUUGUUAAUAAAUGUUUGAAAUUGACAAAAGUCUCAUUUCAUAGGUAACGUAUGGUAAUUGCUUCGAAAUUCAAAUGAAAUAUGAUACUAAUCUCUGCUGAAUAAAUUUCUCUUCAUGGUGCAAUUCUUUUGAUUUUGUAUCCCGUUUUAUACAUUUGUACGAUGAGUCAAUAGCGCCUUUCAGGUGAUUUUUUCCUUUCCUUUCCAUUCUUAUUUUAAUAGUUUAAGCUGUAUUUAGUUAGAAUUUUCAAUACUAAAUACGAAAAUAUAUGCUAACCUUAUACAUAAAAUAAGAAAUUGAAUUUAGAAUGGUUGAACUUGCACAACAAAAAAUAAAAGAAAUUGAACAAGGAAACUACUAAUUACAAUACAAUAAAAUAAAAUAAUAAUGAAAACUUGUUAUUUGUGUGUAUGUACGUAUGUUCAGUUAUAUGUGUAUAUAUACAUACAUGCAUGUGUCUAUGUAUGCACUGUUGUGUGUUUAACAGAUAAUCGAAAGGCACUUGUGCAUUCACAUGUUGAUGUAAUUUAUGUGCUGUGUCGUUAAAUAUAAAUUGAAAACUGUAACUGGACAGUGAGAAGUGUGAAACAUAAAUUAACGUGAAGAUAUCAUACAGUAAUCGUAAAAAUUCAAAUGCAAACAAAAAAUAAAACUAGUAUAUACUUAUGUAUUGUAUAUUUAUAAAUGUACUCACAUUAUCUAUUGUUAAACUUAACGAAGAAUGUUGAACUAAAAAUUAAACAAUAAAAAACCUAAGGAAUGAACUCAUUAA